AUGAUGAAAAUAUGGUCUAUGAAACAGCAGCAGCAGAAGGAUGAGCAAGCAUCUGGAGGCACACAAAAGAAGAAAAAGGUCACAGCUGCGCAGUUGAGAGUUCAAAAAGAUCUGAGUGAACUCUCUUUGGGGACUACCAUGAAAACCACAUUCCCCGAUGCUGAUGACAUCCUGAAUUUCACCCUGACGAUCGAGCCAGACGAGGGCAUGUACAAGGGAGGCAGCUUUGUGUUCAGUUUCGCCAUCAAUCAGAACUUCCCACACGACCCUCCUAAGGUCAAGUGUACACAAAAGAUCUAUCAUCCCAAUAUCGACCUAGAGGGCAACGUCUGCCUGAAUAUCCUCCGAGAAGACUGGAAGCCAGUGUUGAACCUCAACGCGGUAAUUGUCGGCAUGCAGUUCCUCUUCCUCGAACCCAAUGCAUCUGAUCCCCUCAACAAGGAAGCCGCUGAGGACCUCAGAACUAACCGAGAAGGGUUCCGAAGAAACGCCCGAACAGCCAUGGGCGGAGGGGCCGUUCGAGGGCAGAGUUACGAUCGCGUCCUACGGUGA